AUGGACAGCUACAUAGCUACAUGGAAUACCUUGAGGACGAAACAAAAUAAGAUAAAUGGAUAGAAUUAAUAAAAAAUUACUGGAGAUAUGUAAAUGAUAAGAAAAACUGACUUUGGAAUUAUAUUUAAGAUAAUAAGGAAAUGUAUUAAAUAAAUAUUAAUAUAGAAGAGGUGGAGGAGAUUAUAAUAAAGAAGGUGGUAAAAAUGGAAAUUGGAUUGAGCUGA